AUGGAGGCCGGCGCAUCGACUGCAGCAGAAAGGGAUUGGCAGCAGUUGCAGCAGCUGCAGCAGCUGCAGCAGCAACUGCAGCGGGAAGAUGCGGCGACAGCAGCUGCUGAGGGCAGCAAGAAGCAGCAGCUGCUGCUGCAAGUGAAGCGGCAGCUGCAGCAGCGGCAGGCGGCG